GAAGUUUAUACCUUUCCUGCUUUCAUAUAAAGAUCUACAGAGUUCAUCAGGCAGCUUCUUCCACAAAUCAUUCUUUUCUUUCACCAUCAUCCUCCUGAAGAUAUCAUAUAGUUUUCCUGUUCAUCUGAGACUACGAGAGUCAUGGAGUGAGCUAGCAUUGUACAAAAAGAGACAGGAGUAUAUAUAUUAUGUUGUAGCUUUCUUAUGCCCAUGGACUUUAGUGAUAAGAAUUUCUUUGCUUCUGAGUUGAGUUUCAGUAAAGGACUUACUUGCAGGUUGCUUCCUGCAGAAUCAAACCUAGCCGAAAAGUAGCAUGAAACUGGUAGUAGAAGUUGUGGAUGCUCAUGAUCUUAUGCCAAAAGAUGGUGAAGGAUCAGCCAGCCCUUUUGUAGAAGUUGAUUUCGGCAAUCAGCUUAGUAGAACCACAACCAUUCCCAAAAAUCUCAACCCUAUUUGGGACCAAAAACUUGUUUUCAACCUCGAAGAUACCACAAACUUCUAUCACCAAACCAUCCAAAUAUCAGUUUACCAUCAAAGGACACAAAGCACAGGGAGAAACUUCCUUGGAUAUCUGAAAAUUCCUUGUUCAAAUAUUGUAAAGAAAGGGGAUGAAGCUUAUCAGAGAUUUCCAUUGGAGAAGAAGGGCUUGUUUUCAUUUUUCAAAGGUGAGAUUGGCCUGAAAAUCUAUAUCAUCCCAGAAUCUGAUCACGACCUUGAUUGUCCAGCAUCUCCAACUCAAACUCCAUCACCAAAAUCACCUCCACCAUCUUCUUCUUCUUCUAACCUUCCUAUUUCUGAAACUAGAGGCCUUUCAAGUACCGAAACAGCUGUUCUUCCCAAUACUUCUUUACCUACACCUGAUACAUCAGAGACUGAUAACGCCGCUGUCAGCUUGACUGAUGCUAGUACUGAUAUCUUCUCCAUCAACUCUAAUACUACCAUUCCCACAAAAGAGGCUGACAGAGUGAUUUCAGACUCAGAAGAAGUUAUAACUACUAUCCAACAACUUCACCAACACCAAGUUUUCCAUAAGCCAGCCUUAUCAGUGGAAAACAAAGUAGAACAGAUUGAGCUCAAAAUGCAGCAUCCAGGUAAUCCACAAAUGCAUACAAACCAUGAAGAAGACUAUGAGGUCAGGGAUGCCAGCCCUCAGCUAGGCGACCGGUGGCCAGGUGGGGGUGCUUAUGGAGGAAGGGGAUGGAUAUCCAACGAGAGAUUUUCAAGCACGCAUGAUCUUGUUGAGCAGAUGUUUUAUCUCUAUGUUAAAGUUGUCAAAGCCAGAGAUCUUCCACCAAACUCCAUUACUGCCACCUGUGAUCCGUACGUGGAAGUGAAGCUCGGUAAUUACAAGGGAAGGACAAAGCACCUGGAAAAGAAAGUGAAUCCUGAAUGGAACCAGGUAUUUGCUUUCUCUAAAGAACGUAUUCAGUCAUCAAUGCUUGAAGUUUUUGUAAGAGAUAAAGAGAUGUUGGGACGAGAUGAUUACGUGGGCAGGGUAGUCUUUGAUCUGAAUGAGGUUGUAACAAGGGUUCCCCCUGAUAGUCCCUUAGCACCUCAAUGGUACAGACUGGAAGACAGGCGCGGCGAAGGAAAGUUAAGGGGUGAAAUCAUGCUUGCAGUCUGGAUGGGUACACAGGCUGAUGAAGCAUUUUCUGAGGCAUGGCACUCAGAUGCUGCUUUUGUUUAUGGCGAAGGAGUUUUCAACAUCAGGUCCAAGGUAUAUGUCUCUCCAAAACUUUGGUAUUUAAGAGUCAAUGUCAUUGAAGCUCAGGACAUAAUUCCCAACGACAGAACCCGUCUCCCAGAUGUUUCUGUCAAAGUCCAGUUGGGAAGUCAAACACUCAGGACUACAAUAUGCCCAACUAAAACAGCAAAUCCUAUGUGGAAUGAGGAUUUGGUAUUUGUAGCCGCGGAACCUUUUGAGGAGCAUUUAGUCCUUACUGUUGAGGACCAUGUGCAUCCCUCGAAAGACGAUGUACUGGGAAGAAUAAGUCUUCCCCUGACCCUGUUUGAGAAGAGGCUUGAUCACAGGCCGGUUCAUUCUCGAUGGUUCAAUCUUGAGAAAUAUGGAUUCGGGGCCCUGGAAGCUGACAGAAGAAAAGAGCUUAAGUUCUCUAGUAGAAUACACCUAAGGGUGUGUCUUGAAGGAGGAUAUCAUGUGCUGGAUGAAUCAACAAUGUACAUAAGUGAUCAAAGGCCUACAGCAAAACAACUUUGGAAGCAACCAGUGGGUAUUUUGGAAUUAGGUAUCCUAGGUGCUCAAGGACUUCACCCGAUGAAGACAAAAGAUGGCCGAGGAUGCACAGAUGCAUACUGUGUGGCCAAAUAUGGACAGAAAUGGGUCCGUACCAGAACCAUUCUCGACACAUUAAGUCCCAAAUGGAAUGAGCAAUACACCUGGGAGGUUUACGAUCCAUGCACUGUCAUAACCAUGGGAGUUUUCGACAACUGCCACUUGACAAGUGAGAGAGCUGGCGCCGGCACAGCCAGAGACUCGCGGAUUGGAAAGGUACGCAUUCGACUGUCAACCCUGGAAUCUCAUCGUGUUUACACAAAUUCCUACCCCCUUCUGGUUCUACAUCCAUCAGGAGUAAAGAAAAUGGGAGAACUCCAACUGGCCAUUAGAUUCACCAGCCUUUCUCUAGCUAAUAUGAUAUACCUUUACCAACACCCCUUGUUACCCAAAAUGCAUUAUCUGCAUCCUUUUACAGUAAACCAACUAGACAAUCUGAGAUAUCAGGCCAUGAGCAUUGUUGCAGCGAGGUUAGGCCGAGCUGAACCACCACUCAGAAAAGAAGUGGUGGAAUACAUGCUUGAUGUGGAUUCACACAUGUGGAGUAUGAGAAGAAGCAAAGCCAAUUUUUUCAGAGUCAUGUCAUUGCUAUCAGGUAUCAUGUCCAUGAACCGUUGGCUUGGCGAUGUCUGCAACUGGAAGAAUCCUGUCACCUCAGUACUAGUCCAUAUCUUGUUCCUGAUAUUGGUCUGGUAUCCAGAGCUGAUACUUCCAACAGCGUUUCUCUACAUGUUUUUUAUCGGACUUUGGAACUAUAGGUUCCGACCAAGGCAUCCGCCUCACAUGGAUACUAGGCUUUCAUGGGCUGAUGCGGUUCACCCUGAUGAACUUGAUGAGGAGUUUGACACAUUUCCUACCUCGCGAUCACAUGAAGUCGUUCGCAUGAGGUAUGACCGUCUAAGAAGCGUGGCAGGUAGAAUUCAGACAGUGGUGGGAGACAUAGCAGCUCAAGGGGAGAGAUUUCAGUCUCUUCUAGUGUGGAGAGACCCCAGAGCAACUAGCCUGUUUAUUACCUUCUGUCUUUGUGCUGCAUUGGUGCUUUAUGUAACUCCAUUCAGAGUGAUCAUCUUAGCUGCCGGAUUAUACAUGCUUCGGCAUCCAAGAUUUCGCAGCAAGUUGCCAUCUAUUCCAAGCAAUUUCUUCAAGAGAUUGCCAGCUCGAACAGAUAGCCUGCUCUGAGUUCCCCUGAUACUUUAAACUAAAAACGUUUCAGAGAACUGACUUUGAGUCAUCUAUAGUUCAAAUUUUUUUUUUUUUUUCUGUACUGUAUGUUUAUAGUAUUUUGAUCUAAAUAAAUAAAUUGUUGACC